GAUUUGUAGCUUUGUGGGCCGACCUUCGCAUGGAGGUAGGUGGCCAAGGUGCUUUGGCACAUUUUCGGAGGCCGCUGACAUUUGACGGGCACAGCCCGGACUUUGAUGUGGAGGCAGGCAAUGUAGACAGAGACCGUGCGCGUGAUGGUCACAACAGCCACUCCUCUGUUCGAGCUUCUUCACCGCAUGGCCGAGCAAGUCCAACAAGUCCAGGCCAAUCGCCAAAGCAGCUGCCGAUGCCAAUACCUCGCCAAGCAUCAAAUGCAAGGCCAUCAGCUGGAAGACAAAGGCUGGCCCAACCGGCUGGCGAGGCCGUCGUGGCCGCUGCAUUGUCGGGAGCUGGGAGAAGGCUACCUGGUUUGGGGGCGGCUUCGCGUCGAGCUCCCGCAGUGAAGCGGGAAGUGGACGAGGUCAGAAGAGUCCUGGAUGACACGCUGCAAAAAGAUGGGGAAUGCUAUGCUGUUUGCAUGGCUGGUGGCCUUGAUUUGGCCCGUCUUUCCAAAGCGGCUUUCACGCCCAAGGAGGUGGCCAGCAAAGCAAUGGGCACUACACAAGGUAGCCAAGUGUCGCUGCCAAGCCAACCUAGCGAGCAAAAUGUGAUCAGUCUGGCGGAAGUUGUCAAUCCAGAGGGCGAUUUGGGCGAUCUUGCUGGACUUGGAGGUGCAGGCCUUGUCGGGCACUUUGGCACCGGUGGGAACAUCGUCCUACAUUUGCAGUUUUUUGGGAAGAAGGACGCAUUUGCAUUUGGAUUUGGGUGCUUUGUUUGUUGGAGCUUUGAACAGCCUGAAAUACUUGCGCUUCGUGAGAAAAUGACCCCGUUCCUUGUCCGGCCACAGCACAGUGGUGGAGUGGAGGAGGAAACAAUGCCUUUCGCCCUGAAGAGGAAGAGUCCUGGUGAAGGACCUGAUGACAUGGGAGAGGAUGAUGAUAGAGAUGGCACCGGCGAAGACGACGAUGAUGCCAAGGAGGCGAAGUGCAUAGUUCAAGACAAGAUCAUUCUGGCAACAAACAGCCCUUUGGAGAAGCUAGCACACUCCUACGCCUUGGCCCAGUCGGUUCGAUUGGGAGGCUUUGAGCUUGUGGUUGAGCGCUCUAUUGCUGACACAAGGAGUAUUCCAGAGACACUGGCUGAGACUGGAGAGGUGAAGCUGGAGGCGCGUGAGCUCUCCAGGCAAAUGGGCGAGCUUCUGAUGCUGAGGUGCGAUGUGAAUUUGCACACCGAUAUUCUUGACACCCCGGACAUCUUCUGGGAUGAGGAAAGGUUUGAAAAGAUCUAUGUGGCUUGCCGAACCUAUUUGGAUAUCGACAAGCGUGUGGAUAUUCUCAACCAGCGUCUGGUUGUUCUCAAGGACCUCUACGAUCUGUUGCAGAACAGCUUGAACGUGAAGCAUGGAACUAAAUUGGAAUGGAUUGUCAUCAUCUUGAUCCUGGUGGAGGUCGUCCUGGAAAUCAUCCAGCUGUACUUCACACCUGCUGGUGGGUGAGCGAUGUGCCCAAAGGCAUCAAACUGGCACUUGCUCAAUGCCACAAAAUGAUACAAAAUGGACAUCUGAGGCAGAAGAUUUGGUGCACCUUGC